AAUUCUACUGUAGAACCAUAUUUCACACCAAAUUCUACAGUCCAAGAGGAAAUGGCAAACGGUUUAUCAUUGAACUCACUCAUGGGAAUAUUCUUCAUGUGUUUUUACAUUGUAGUGUAUUCAACCUCGAGUUUAGGGAACGUAGUGGUGUUGUAUAUCUGCGCUAAAAAUAGUCGAAACACAGCCUUUCAACCUACUCGCACAGCAUUUUUCAAUCUUUACAUCGCCAAUCUCGCCAUUGCGGACCUCCUUUUCACGCAGUUGACGAUUUUUGACGCUGUUUACGCGAUUCUCUACGAGUGGACCACAGGAGCCAUUUUGUGCAAACUUCAGGGAUUCCUUGUCGAGUUAUGCUACUCCGCUGGUAUACUCACUCUUAUAGCAAUCAGCCGCGAGAGGGUCAAGUCAAUCUCGGAUUUACGGAUAAAAUCGCGCAUUCAGCGAGUCAAAGAAAGACGAUCUCGCUCCAUAAUCGUGUGGAGUCUGGCCAUACUGCUAUGCUCCCCUCUUCUCUACGCGUACAAUUUGACGGAAGAAACUUCAAACGGUAACAGCGUCAUACGCUGUUUAAACGACGCAUGGUCGCACCUCGGAAGGCGAAUUUAUUACAGUUUAACCGGGGUUAUACUAUUCUUUACUCCUCUUUUAAUAAUGAUAUGGACGCAGUUGAAGAUCAAACGCGUUUUUAAAUCGCAGGUCGCACCAAAUCAACAAAUCGCUCUUUCAAUGCGAGCGCGCCAAAGAAAAGCUAGUCGAAUGUUGGGAGUAGUCACGAUAGUCUUUUUCGCGUUUUGGUCUCCUUUCGUUUUCACUCGAACACUUCGUUAUUUUAACUGGUAUGAAGGGGAAUUAAUUUGGAGACUAAGCCAGUUACUAACCAUAGCUUCUGCUGCGGCAAACCCUUUCAUUUAUAGUUUUUACAGCACACAUUUCAGGCUGUGUAUAAAGAGGUUUCUAACUUGUAGAUGUGGGCUAAUGGCUGCAGUUGACACUGGGGACAAUUCUACUGUGAAUUCUCUGUAUUAA